AGACAUUUCCCUCAGUGCAGUAAUGUUCCAAGGAUAGACUGCCGUCUGCCCAUUACGAAGUUGCUCUUCUAGUUUCCUUCUGAGCCCCGUAAUUUUCUCGCCCGUUUCUUGCGAACCAAACAGCUCUUCCUUCUUCUCUUCUGCAGAUUAUUUUACCUUUGAGAGAAUCUGUUAAUUUUCCCGAAAAAAAUGAGCUCUGUGGUGGAUUUUGAUCACCUGUUAAACUUCCCGGAGAGUGUGGGGAAACUUGUAUUUCCUUCAGGGGUGAAUGAGACAGAGAACAGGGGAGUCUAUGGCAUCCCUGUUGACAUUAUGGACACUCCCAAAGAGUACAUUUUCUACAUGGAUGUCCCCGGAUUAUCCAAGUCUGAAAUUCAGGUCACUGUUGAGGACAACACCCUGGUGAUCAGGAGCCAUGGAAAGAGGAAGCGUGAAGAGGAUGAAGAAGGCUGCAAGUACAUCAGGCUUGAAAGGCGGGCACCCCAGAAGCUGCUAAGGAAGUUCCGGUUGCCCAACAAUGCCAACAACUCUGCCAUCAGCGCCAAGUGCAAAAAUGGGGUGUUGACUGUGGUUGUGGAGAAGCUGCCGCCGCCACCCAAGCCCAAGACUGUUGAGGUUGCCAUUGCCUGAAAGGACUAGCUGCAUCUCCAAGUUAUCUGUUGGUUCAACUCUCAUCAUUAUAACUUAUUUAUAGAUAGUAGAACUUAUUUAUAGAUGGUUGUCUCCUUUGGGAGUUAUAUUCAACUCUGUUGUCGGUAGGACUUAUUGGUAGAUAGCAGCAUCUCCUUUGGGAGUGUAGCUGGAUCUGGCUCUAGUUUUUGGGAUCUGCAUGGUGCUUUGGGGAUUGUUUUGCAUUUGCAAAAUUCAAGAUGGCUACCUUAAAGAUGUUCUCUACCAAGACUAAGUGACAUUUAUCUCUCUCUUGGCUAUUGAUGUGAACUCAUAAAUACUUGUAAACUUAUUCAACAGUCCAGUGAUCAUGCCAACCAAGGGUGUUGGAUGAUUGCGUGUUAAUUUACUCUCAAGGGAGAUUUAUAUUGUGAUCACAGGAGACUAUUAUAACAUCUCACUACUAGGUCAA